AUGUGCAGCAUUGUCUACGAUCAGGCAGUUGUGGCAUCGCCGCCCAAGCACCUGGAUGUUGCCUUCUUCGAGGAGGUGCUGGAGACCAUGCUACGCACGUCCCAUGUCCAGUUGGUGGGCAUCCACUGCGCGCUGGGCAGCAGCACCGGCGAGAACUAUUGCAGUCUAAUCUACCGCGUCAAGCUGACCUAUCGCCGAAGGGAUGGCAAGGAAGAGCAAACGGGCGUGAUUGUGAAGAGCAUACCGCGCAUUGACUCCAUAGAGUUUAUCGAGGAUCUGCAGGUGUACCUGAAGGAGAAGAUCACGUACUACGAGCUGCUGCCGCGACUCGAGUUGCUCAUGAAGUGCAAGCGACGCUUUGGACCCAAACUCUAUCAGUGCUUGAAGCAGCCAGAGAACACAUUGGUCUUUGAGGAUCUCGGCCGGCUCGGCUAUGUGAUGGGCUCGCGUGAAACGGGCUUGGAUGAGAAGCAUGCUCGUCUGGUCAUGGAACGCUUAGCGGAAUUCCAUGCAGCCUCAAUGGUGCUGGCAGUGAUGGAUCCGGAAAUAUUCAAAGCCUAUGGCGAUGGCAUGUUAUCCCCGAACGGGCUGAACAAGGACGACGGCCUGCUGAUGCGUUUCUUUGCCGGCAACGGCGAACAGCUGCACAAGCUGGUGAGCAGCUGGGCAGGCUAUGAGCGCAUUGCGGGCAAAAUAGCCAAAUAUAUGGAGCAGCAGCGGGUGAAUUUGGUGCGUGCCCAGGCGCCAGUGGACAAUGAGAUCAAAGUGUUAAAUCAUGGCGAUCUCUGGGUGAACAACAUGCUCUUCAAGUACAAUGGAGCGCAGCAGCUGCAGGACGUGAUCUUCAUAGACUUUCAGCUGAGUAUCUGGGGCAGUCCGGGCAUUGAUCUGAACUAUUUCUUCUACACGAGCCUCAGCCUGGAUGUGCUGAAGCACAAGCGGCCGCAGCUGCUGAAAGUCUAUCACAAUCGUCUGGCCGAUACGCUGCUCGCUCUGGACAUGGGGGUGCCGGUGCCCAGCUAUGAGCAGGUGCUGGCCGAGGUGCACCGGCGUGAGGGCUAUGGAUUCUUUGCCAAUUACGGCAUACUGCCAACAGUUAGCCAGGACAAGGCCGAGACGGCGGACAAUAAUCUGGAGAAUUUCACUGAUGCGGAUUUUGCCCAGAAAAAAUCUGAGCAAAUGUUUGCCUCCAAGCGUUUGGCUGAGACGCUGCGCUACACCUUGCCGCAUUUCGAGCGAGCAGGUGUCUUGGAUUGAGGAAUAGUAAUAAUGAAUGGGUGCCGCACUCACCUGACGAUGUGUAUUUUGUUUUAGCUUAGUUUAUAUACAAGCAUAUAUUGCACAUGUAUUUACAAAUUAAAAUAAAGUUUUUCUGUAGGAUUACGCGCACUUUUCAA